AUGACGUUUACGAAUAAGAACUCACAGGAAGUCUAUCAUACAGUUGCACCAUAUCGACCAUACCCAGAUAUGUUCAUUCAGCACAAAUAUAGGAAUAUUAUACCUAAAGAUCCGAUCUAUGACAAUACUGGGAAUUUUAUUAUUCCAGGAUCAAGAGAAUGGUUCACUUAUAUGCACAAUCUACAUCAAUCAGGUACUAUACCGAUACCUAUUCUUACAGGUCAAGUAACUCAAUAUGAAUAUUAUGCAGAACAAGCUGCAGAACAAGAUCGCAUCGCUAAAAUCGAACGUGACAAGGAAGAAUAUAGUAUACACAUCAAGAAAAAUUUUGGAACAACAUAUUUACGACAUAUAGAUCGUACUAGAGAAAUUAAUCGACUUUUUAACAAGUCUGAAGAAUUUGAUUUUAAGAUGAAACAUUUCACGUCUGAUUUACGACAAUUUGGAUCUGACAGGGAUCACCAAUCAGAACUUUCCGAUAAUACCAAAGAACUAGAACGACGCCCUAAUAAACGUAAUCCUACGAUGGUUCCUAAAAAUUUCUUCACAAGUCAAGAGAAUAGAUACAAACGAAGGUUAAACCCACCUGCAGAAGCGGAUGACUCACCAGAAGCAGGUCCUUCAAUGUUCAAUAAUUUACGUAGUUUACAAGCCAAGUACCUUUUUUGA